AUGUCAAGCUCGAAGAGAGAUUCAGGCGUCAUAUCGAAGAAUAGGCCAUCGGAGGGCAAGUGUCAGAAGAGUAACGUGAGAGUUGGUGCUGAGUUUCAAAUUGCUAUUCCUGAUUUUGCCGAAACGAGGCCAGCUAACUAUUGCAAUGAACGGUCAGAACGGGAAACGUGUGUCUGGAACCCGAAACUCUCCCCUCCUUCCUCAGAUAUUGAGGCAUAUAUUGUUGAGGCCAAUAAGUACAGUUAUCCGCUCGAUGCUGCGUUGGCUCUUCUCCAUUAUCACAAGUAUAGUAUUCAAAGUGCCAUCGAUGACUUGCCAAAUUAUGAGCCAAUGUUGAAUAGGUACACAAAAUGUGGAGUGAAGAAUUUCCUAAAAAGUGUGGAUGGUCGGCCGCGCAAAGACUUUGCUAGAGUCUCGAGGGAUUUUCUCGGGUACACAAUGGGAGAAAUCCAGGGUCUAUACUAUGCGAUUGCGGCUCCCUUUAAGGCUGGAUCACGUCGCGGAGCGAAAUACGCAUUGCAAAUGAGGAAUUACUACCAAAAGGCGUUGAAGUUGGGAUUCACGGCAAGUUAUUCUGCACCUGACCUUCAUAAAUGUGAAAUGGAUGCAGACGAGGAGGUUGCUGAUGCUCAGUUUGAGGAAUAUUUCCACCAAAUCAUGUGCGUCGAUAGGGCGAGGAAGUUGUGCAAGAGUGUGAUUCAGGGACGUCCCUAUUCAUCGAGGAUCACUAGUAAUGGAAGUGGAAACGGCGCUAAAGGCUCUAGUGAAGCUUCGAGGUGGCGCAUGGGUGCCAACGGAGCUUUUGUCUCGAACCGGCCUCAAAUCUUCACAGAAUCUCUUGGAAGAAUGGGUCACAAGCAGACUAAAGGUGCGAGGAGCACGCUGCAGAAUUUCAACUUGCACCAAUUCAUCGAGUUCACCCAUAAAUCGGAUUCCGAGGUGGAUGUAGAAUUCUCAAACUGGUACUUAAAAUUGGCGCAAAUGGAUGAGGAGUUGAAAUCUCACGAGAAGGAAAUUAUGACUACCAACGAAGGCAUCUUCAAGGACUUGGACUCCUUCUAUCCCCGAAAUCGUUUUGAGAAUCUUAUUCACUCGUACACAGCUCCAUUUUAUUGCCAUUUACGAUUGUUAUUUCGUGUCGCAGGUUUGAUUGCCCAAGUGGAGUUGGAUUUGCUAAUUCUCAUGGCAACAGAAUCGGAGGUGACUUUCCGAUGGACGAAGUCAGAAUUGGCUAUUCUCGUGAUGGCGCUAGAUGCUUACGGCAAGGACUUUGCUCAAAUAGCUCAAAUCAUGGGCACAAAGACGGAGUCGAUGAUUCGUGACUUCUACAAUAAGUACAAUGUGCGCUUCGGACUGGAUGCUUUCACAGGCAAGGAGAAGAAGGAGGCGAGAGAAGAAAGGGGAGAUGGGGUAGUAGUUUCGGACGGUGUUGUGGAGUCGGCAGGAGGUGGAGUUGAAAAUGAGGUGAUGAAGAGUGACGAGCCUGCUUUGAUAAUGGAUUCUGUGCAGAGGCGUGGAACCCAGUCGAAUUCGAACUCCCCUCAGAUGUCUGGAGUUGCCGGCUCUUCUCAUGAGGCCAACAAAUCGCCUGAAGAAGAUGGAGUUGAGGAGGAGUUGGGUGAGGAGACUAAGGAUACUAAGGAGGAGGUGGCGGUAUUGGAGGUGGAAGAGACUGAGGGUGAAGUGGUGGUGAAACCUGAAUUGAUAGAGGUGAAGAAGGAGGAUGACAGUGGCACCGGGAAUGGAAAGCCAAGAUGGCGACGGGGAAGGCCUCGCAAAGAAACGCCCGUUCGACGUGUUUCCACACGCUCCUUGUCAAAUGAAUCGCCUGCAGGUGGUGUCAGACGUCGGUCGUCGAAAUCGGUGGAAGCGGUUGAGACUCCUCGGGGCCAGCGGAAAUCAUAUACACCGACCACUGUGGAAUCACCUGUACGUAGACCACGUGGAAGACCAUCGUUGAAAGCGUUGGCAGAAAAUGUGCAAAAAUCAAGUCCCUCAGGUGGUUUAUUGAAGGGUGAUAAAGGAGAUCAAGGUGGAAGUACUACCAAGACUAAGGCCAAAGAGUCAGCAGCAGUUGCCUCGAAGCGCAAAGCCUCAAUAGUUGCUCAGAAGGCAUCAGAAGUAGCAAAGAAACGGGCAAGAAACUCCACAGUAUAUCCACGUUCUAGUCGCUUGCGUCGAUGA